ACAAUGUGUGGGAUACAGCCGCCACCACCCUUAUCGAUCGCACCGCAAAAUCAUAAUAGAACCAGCCCAUCGUUUGAGCUUCUUUUGUUUUUCUUUGCUUUGCUUGCAGAGGGAGGCACCUAAACAACACAUCAGCAGCGUGGAUCGACAUUAGCUCGGAUUCGGACGACUAACAGUAACAGGAAAAUAUGGGACAAACUUUGACGAAUCUGAUACCACCGCCUGAUGGAUUUGAAUAUUUCUCCAUAACCUUUAGAUAUGGUGACCGUAUACGACUGAUUUAUGGCACACACGUUGAAAUAAAUGCGUUGAGAAAUAUUAUUCUACGUCAUUGGAAAAAAGGAAUAAAAAAGGAGUCCAAUCUUCUUGGACCCGGAUACGAAUUUAUCACCAACACCUCACCAUUCAGUCCAUGGGCAUCUGGUAAUGACGAAAUCAACUGCAAACGGUUUGCCAGCCAUCUACUUGCUGACAUGCACAAGCUCGGAUAUAGGCUCAUUGGCGCUGGGUGCCUUUCUCGAACCCAAGACCUGACUACCUGGGUUUUUCAUCGAGAGCAGAUUGCUCCGGCCGACUAUCGUUUUGCGUGCAUUGGUUUUUCGCAGAAAAAUAUUAUUCAGCUCAUAGAUUUUCCUCCAGCUCUUCACGACUUCAUAAAGGACGCCGUUGAAAAGCAUGAAAACAUCAAGGAAUCGAAGAAUAUCGAAGGCUGUCUGCAAAUCAAGUUAAAAGAAGAUUUAUGGCGUUCAAGCAACACUGAAUUGAACGUAAAGGCGAAAACUAUCAUAAAGAGCAUUAUUCAUGAUUUGAAUUCACGCCAGUGGGUUUUGUACUCAAGCAGCUAUUUGGUGGGCCAAGGUGAUACACUGUUUUUCAUGUACAACCCACUGCUGGAAGCUCCAUUCACAACGAAAGAAAGUUUGGCUAUCAGUUUGUUGAAAACUGAUCGCUUGCGAUUGAUUGAUGCUUCUGAUAGUGCAACCUGUCAUGUUAAAGAUGUCAUAAUAAACACUUGGAAACGAGGAAUUCAGCAAGAGACGAAAAAAUUCAAUUCAACUGAGUUCAAGUUGGCUGGCAGGCCUUGGAUGACACGUGGAAAGGAGUCUGCUGCAUCACGCCAACUGCUCUGUAGACUUUUUGAAGGAUUGAUGACUAUUGGUUGGAGAAUACAAACAGCUGUGCAUCUGACAGUGUGUAACCUAGAUAAAUGCAUGCUGACAUUCAAUCAAUGCAGCCCCGUUUCAGCGCAAGUCUUCUGCCUCUCGUUCAACUCGACGAGCAAAAUACGCAUAAUUAAUGCACCAUCGGAUCUAGAAAUGCAUUUGCUAUCUGAGAUCAGAAGGUUUUGGCUACUUGGCAUUGCUAAAGAACAUCGUUUUGAAGAGUGCUUCGAGGUUGCACUGAAAGGCUGUCCAUGGGGGGAUGAGCACGGCGGUGCGCAUGCUCGUGUGCUGCUGUUGUAUUUAAUCAACUCCUGUCUUGUCAAAGGCUGGUACCUUAUCUUCUCUGCUGAUGUUUCGUCAAUCAUCAUACAGGAUGAUGAAUCACCCGAUUGUCCAUGGGAUGUUUACAGUUGGUGGUUCAUGCGUGCGAAUACAUCUCCUCCGCCAGCUCUUCCAUCCGCACCGCUUUUGUUUUGAAACGACUCACUUAAUCGCGCUAUCAUGAUCGUGUACUUUAAUCAAAGUUUCUUAAGAAACUUCAAGCUUUAAUGUAAGGCAUGUCAAUUAGAAUGUGAUAGGAUUGAGUUGGGAAUCAGCCGUAGUGUCAUGAUGAUGACACAGAUAAAGAAGUGAUAAAUAAGUGUAAAAGAAUGAUGACAAUCCUUCUCUAUUUAUAAUAUUACCCCCAAAAUAACUUGAUUAGGUUGGUCACUAAAAAAGACUGAUCCAAGUGGAAAGUAGCGAUCUCAAAACGAAUCCUGCUGUGCUAAAUGUAGAUUUGAUUUAUCCUCUUACUACCUAGCUAAGGCCAUUCCUCUCCAUAAUUAAAAUUUCGGGAUUUCGAUGUUUUAGGAGGCUCAGCCCCCUCUUAACAAGCCAAUUCAUGUCGAACUCCUUAACUGACAUUGUGAACAAACCUUUUUUAUUGUGUUUCUAAUUCUUCAUAAAAGAACAAUUUCUAUAAGUCUUUAAGAAUGAAUGAUCUCAUAUACAUUUGCAGAUAAACUUAUGCACAAAUGCAAGUAUAUUGGGUGUGGUCUUUGAUGUGGCUUCUAGAGGUUUCCAUCAGCACAGUCUCCCUCAGUUAAAUUUUUAGGACGGCACCCCUGUCAUUAACUGAUAUAAUAGUGAAAGCAUUUGAGAGACUAUAUGCUCUCCCUUACUUGGGUGCCACCUCAUUUCUGCUUCAAAAAAUAAUGUAAACUGCUUUAUCUGUUAUUGUAAAACAAGUUUUUAGAGUUAUCGUUUAUGAUAUCUUUGUUAGAAAUUGGCUGCAUUAUGGCCACAUGUGCACAGGAUCUUUACAACUUGGUCAGCAGACCUCAACAGUAUCGCGAGCAGUAACCGUAACAGCAAACAAUAACAGUAGCCCGUUAGAAAACCGCAAAUCGCCUUUAACUAUUAAGGACACUGUCUCGUCCAGUUCUCAACAUGUUUGGCUGGUUUUGCACAUUCAAAGGUGUUACACAAUGCUCUUUCAGGUGACAUGGUCAAAAUUGAAACAUUCUAAAAAAAGACGUUUGAUGACGGCAUGCGUUAAAGGCUGGUUUUCAUAUAACGUAUUUCAACGUAUUUCAUCGCAAUUCAGUUAAGAUUUUUUCCGAGACUACGAUCAAUUAAGAUUUUUUCCGUUAUAUGAAAACCGGCCAAAUUUUAUGAAAACCACCUAUCGUAAAUAAUCCUAAUAGAACGUUAUUCAACGUAAUUUAACGUAAUUCUUCGGAAAAAAUCAAACAAUUUUGUUUCUCCCGGCAAAAUACGUUGAAUUACGAUGAAAUAAGAUGAAAUACGUUUUUCGGUUUUCAUUUAACGUGAAGAUCGUGGAACCUGAAUUGCAAUGAAAUGCGUCGAAAAACGUUAUAUGAAAACCAGCCUUAAUACUCUAUUAUGCACGUGAAUAUUGGUUUAGGUGAUAAGUUCACCUAAUUGUUGAACGAAAUGAAUAAGGACAGUCUGAUAUCAACAGACUUCCUAAUUUAUGACGUUAGAAGUUCUAUCUUUAAAUUUUUGAAUUUUGAUCUUAUCAUCUGAAAGAGCAUUGUGGAAUACUUUUAGAUGUGCAAAAUCAGUUAUUGGUGUUACCAAUAUAAAAUAAGAUAAAAAAAUUAUUUUAUCUUGGUGUUACGAAUUAUCUGAGCUAUGGCCACAGGCCCUUGCCCCACCAAUCCUGAACAGAACCAAAAUAACAGUAUUACGUUAGCAAACUUUGGAUAUUUCAUUGGCCAAAUCUCAUCUGGUUUUGGACCAUAGCUUAUCUGAUUUUGCAUAUUUAGAAAUGUUCAUGGUUAUAAUUUUUGCUGCGUGGUCAAAAUUCAAAAAUAUUAAAAAUAGUUUUUUGUCACGUUACAUAAGAGUGUUCUUUAGCUAAUUUUAUAUCGCUAACUUUUGAAUUGCAGGAAUCAUGUUUGACGCACUCUUUGUGCACAUCUACGUAAUUUUGUUUGAUAACUUAUUUUAUUCUUACAUAUUUUUACUUCUACAUUA